GGAAGAAAAGUUGAGUUUACAAAGUUUCUGCCGCCCGGGAGAGAAGCAGAGGAGUAAGAAGUUUGGCUUGGGAUAGAAAAAGAAAGUGACCGUGAAACUUUUUCGAAGACCAAAUGAGAUGUUUUUCUUAGUCUUUCGUUAACUUUGGUGGACUAAAACAGAAAUAAGACCUGGUACCGGAGUCCUGAACAUUUUUAAACGAAAAAAAAAACAAAACAAAAACAGGCCUUGUAAAAGUUUGUGUUUUUGUUUUUUUGUUUUUGUAACGAGAAAAACCGUUAUUUCGUUAAUUUGUUUAGUUACCAAAACAAAACAAAAAACAAAAACAAAAAUGAGCACCAACUCAGUUCAACCGUUACCGGGCCAGCAAGUGAUCCAUGUCGCCAAAGACCCGGACACGGACCUGGAGGCGCUCUUUAACGCCGUAUUGAACCCGCGGCCGAGCUCCUGGAGGAAGAAACACCUGCCGGAGUCGUUCUUUAAGGAGCCGGACUCCGGGUCACACUCGCGCCAGUCCAGCACGGACUCCAGUAGCCAGCAGCCACCGAGGCUCCCGCCGCAGCACGUGCGCUCUCAUUCUUCUCCGGCGUCACUGCAGCUCAGACCCGCAGCGCUCGCGGCCGCAUCCGCCGCCGUCACCGCGAGCCCCGUGCAGCACGCGCACAGCCGCCACCAGUCUUUCGAUGUGACCGACGAGCUGCCACUGCCGCCCGGUUGGGAGAUGGCGUACACGUCCACCGGCCAGAAGUACUUUCUCAAUCACGUUGAGAAGAUAACCACAUGGCAAGAUCCUCGCAAGACAUUGGCGGCCAACAUGAAUCAGAUGAGUCUUCACGCACAGGCCACCAGCAAUAAUGGUGGCGUACAGGGGCGCUCCAUGGCCCUGUCACAGCCAAACCUUGGACAGCUGCCGGAAGGCUGGGAGCAGGCAGUCAACCCUCAGGGAGAAAUUUACUUCAUUGACCACAAAACUCAGAGCACAUCGUGGCUCGACCCCCGUGUGGACUCUCGCCUCAUGAUGUCCCAGCAUCAGCACCAUCUCCAGCAUGCUCAGCACCAGCAGCAGCAGCAGGUACAGGCUCAGUCUCAGGCCCUGGGUUCAGGUGGCUCCAUGCCCCAUCAGCAGAGCUCCCAAUCUGCUAUGAUGGGAAUGGGGAACCCGUUGAGUGCUCAGCAGCAACACCAGCAGAAGAUACGACUGCAGCGCAUCCAACUUGAGAGGGAACGCAUUCAGAGGAGACAUGAGGAGCUGAGGAGACAGGAGGUGGCGCUCUGCAGACAGAUCCCCAUGGAUUCAGACAACAUGGCAAACGUUGCUCCUACCAUCAACCCAGCCGCCAUGAACCAAGGCACUGUGCCAACCAGCAGCUCAGACCCCUUUCUGAACAGUGGGCCAUACCAUUCACGUGAGCAGAGCACGGACAGUGGCCUGGGCCUGGGCUGCUACAGCAUCCCCACCACUCCUGAGGACUUUCUCAACAACAUGGAGGAGAUGGACACAGGUGACAACAUGGUGCCAGUGAACAUGAACGUGCCACAGCAGAGCCGUUUCCCCGACUUCCUAGACUCCAUGCCUGGCACCAACGUGGACCUGGGCACCCUGGAUGGCACAGACCUCAUGCCCAUCCUUAACGACGUGGAGUCUGUCCUGAACAAGAAUGAGCCUUUUCUCACCUGGCUAUAAAGCAGCGCUGAGUUUCAAAGAGAAAGGCUAAAGACUUUUAGCAGCACUGCUACCUUUCUGAAUUUUAACUCAACCAGUUUCUCCACUCUCUCAUUUGUAAUGUGCCUAUAUUGCUCUUUAAAAAAAAAAUUCUGAUUACUGUAAAUAUUUUGAGUGAAGAGCACAACAAAAACCAAAGUGUUCAGCCUAAGAACAAAGAACAAGCAUACGUCAAUCAAAUUUGUUCAGGUGUGGUGGAAAAAUUCAUGUCUUUUGUAUAUACUGUAGGAUAGAGUAGGUUUUAACUGUCACUGAGUGUAGCUUGAUCAAAAAAUGUCAUUCCUCUGGCUUUGGGCAGGACUAAGCAGCACUUUGUUGCUGUCGGUCUUCAUAAAUAUAUCUUGAUGUAGGAACACUUGGUAGGCACCAGCAGAGGGAGCUACUGCCUCCACUAUUAACCGGAGACUAUGUUGGCUUCAAUGAUGUACGCGUAUUAAGCACGUUAGGCAGUUCACCAUUAUCUGCACUAGAGGGGAGCCAUACUGAUCAAUUUAGCAUUCAAGCGGCCUUAUGAACAAACUUUCCUUUUCUUCGAAGAUAUCAUAUACGUUUCCUACUGUACUCAAUUUCAGCACAAAAGCUUUUGUCAUAACUUGAUUUGAAGUGUAGUUUCAAAAGAAACAAUAUUUCAUUCACAUUUAGAGGUUUAUACUCAUGCUGAUCCCAGUUUAGCUAUUGUGUCAAGUAAGCUCCUGCCUCUAAAAUACGGCAGUUUGCAUCUGUAGACCUACAUUUUAUAUCAUGUACUUUUUGUGUACUGCUUCAGUAUUUUUUUUUAACACUAACUAUUCUAGACGUGUCCCUUGACAUCUGGUGCAUUUUAUGAAUUUUUGAUAGAGUUUGCCUUUUUAGUAUUUAUCAAGAGCUAUGAUUUUUUUUUUUUAAUAGAGUUUUAGUUGUUUUUUUUUUUUUUUUUAUGAGAUUGAAAUUUCAAAGCACUACAAAUCAGCACGGGGUUGAGUUGGAUCCUAUAAGUAAAUGUUGAAGUUUUAUGUGACGGUUCCUGCUCUGUGUUUCUUCACUGUACUGUGAGGUUCUUUGAUCCGUUUAAGCCGAAGCAGACUACGUGUUGGACUCUUCCUCACAGUAGGACUGCCUUUAACUCAGUGGUAAACAGGUUUCCGUAAUAAUCUGCAGGGAAUAUGCAAAACAUUAAACAAAAAGAACACAAGUAUUUUCUAGCAGCCAGAAAUGAUCGUCUCUGUAUUUUAGGGGAUCAAAUAACGACAAACACUUGGAACUGGAUGAGCGUGGGUGAUCACAUGAUCAUGCUUUAUUUCUUUACUUAAGCUGAAAUAAAACUUUUUUCUAUGUCUAAUGUUUUUGUAUUGGAUGUUAAAUGACUUGUUAGCUAUUCCUAGCAUUGGUGGUGUAUAAAGCCAUCUUAUAUUGACUACGCAGCAUAUCGUUAUUUUGUAUACUGGCAAUAGUUCAGGGGCGAUGGAUGGAUGCAUGGAUAGAUUGAUGGGCUUUGUCAGUGACUGGGUGGGUGGGGGUUAGUGGUAGAGGUGAUGCACUAUCAUUAAUUCUGGGUUAAACUGAACUCAUGAAAUCCUUUAGUCAGGAUUGAAUGGUUACGUACUGAAUCAAGUACAUGCUGAACACAGCUGACCACUUUCUUAACGUGUAAGCGAGACAAAAAUGUAUGUGGGGUUUUUCCUGUCGAUCCACUGAGAGGAAAGGCCAGUCAGUAAACAAAGAGUGGUUCCUGAGUGGCUUCCUGCUAUUUUGUUCUAUACAUAAAGUGAUUAUUCCAGGGCUAGAGCAUGGUGCAGGUUAUUGUUAAUAAGCACAGUGCUGACAUCUGAUCAUCUAUGCAUGUUUGAGCAAUACAUUUACACAAAGCAAUAUGUUGAACAGAAUGAAGCAGGUGUUUUUACUAGUUUAUUGAGUGGUGUAAAAAAGUGAGCCUUUGUAGCAUUAUCUAAAAUUAUGGGUAUGUAGCACACGCACUACCUAUCCACAGUAACACGGGGAGGUUGUGUUUGUUAGAUUCCAGGGAUGUUGGAGGAAGGCUUGGAAAACACGCAUAUACACACUGAAAUAAAAUGACCGCUUACUGUAUUUGUGGGAUGUAUGGAGGCGAUUGUAAGAACUAUAAUCUCACAAAGAAUUCUGAAACUGAUGUGUAACUUGUUGAGCAACCAAACAAAAAAAAUUAAUAAAAUCGUGUACCACA